UUAAAGCACGUCCAAAAUAUUCAAGAUGGCGGAUUUUUAAGGAGUGAUAUUUUUUAUUUCCAUCCUACAAGUAAACAGAGGAACAAUUUUGAGAUUAUUUUGUGAAAAAAUAUUCAUAAUUGGUUAUAUUUUAUAAUCUUUUACCAGUUAUGCUGAUGCGAAGGUUGGUUUUAGCCUCAAAUUGCCUUUUAAGCAAACAGAUUUCGAAUAUUUUACAUCGUCGUGGAAAGUCGAUUCUAUUGUGCAGUGUAAAUGGUCUUAACGCAUAUUUUUAUACUGGAAAAGUUGCUGAAUCGCCCAUUGAAUAUCAUUUCUUGUGUCAAAAUAAUAUCAAGUUAAAAGCGAUGCCCAUAACAGCACUGAAUAAACAAAGGAAUAUGUUGAACAGAUUUUAUUCUGGCGACCCAAGCAUAACAUUUCUGUCUGGUGGUAAAUCGCAGUACUUUGAAGACAAUGCGGUAUAUGAUGAGGAUAAGUUGUUAAAUAAAGUUAUUGACCAGUUAAAAGAGGAUAAUGGCAGUGAUAUUUCUGUAAUUGAGACGUCCGAAGAAAGAAGAAAAUAUGCCGAUUAUGUGGUUGUUGUUAGUGGCAGAUCAACUAGACAUCUGAAGGCAAUGACAAAUCAUAUUCAUCAACAGGUAUUAAUCUCUUCAUGACAGCAAAAGACACUACUGGUAUUGCUACAGUGCAUACAAAACUUUGCUUGAGGUUGAUUGACAUUGUGAUUGAAUUAAGUCAUGGUUAAAUCAUUGUCAAUCUCUGCAUCAUAACAUUGUCUUAUGUACAGUGUUUUUGGGUGUCAACACACCCUGUAUGUCUGCCACAUAUUCUAUAAACUUUACACAUAUUUACAUAAUUCUUAGUCCAAGAAAGAUUUUCCUGAAAAGCAUGUAAUUGUUACUGGAUUGGAUUCAGAUGAUUGGAUGAUAGUAGAUUUUGGUAAGUACUUACAUUUUGUACAGUACACCACAUGUUUGCAGUACAUACUGCUUGACCUGCAUCCUUUUGCAUUUUAAGUAUUUCUUUGACAAAAAUAGUAGUUUCAGUAUGUCCAUAUAUACAAUGUUCGUGUGCUCAAAGUACUGUUACAAAUAAUGUACAUGUGAUUCUAAUUUUCAAUUAUAUUCACAGGUUCCAUUGUAAUCCACCUGUUUCUGCCAGAAAUUCGUGAAAAAUAUGAACUUGAAAAACUUUGGUCAUUGGGACCUGAACAUGAUGAACAGUAUCAAGAAAUGCUGGAAGAUGAUCGCUAUGCAGAGAUGGUUAAAAAUGCCAAACUGCAGGACUUCUUUGUACAUGAGGAGUCAAGUAAAUAGGCCAAGAAUGUUGUAAAAGUAUUCACUAGAUUAGUUUUUGUUGAUUUCCUGAAUGACGAUGGUGUGAUCCAUCUGUCAUCAAUUGAUACAAUACCAGUUCUAAGUACUUUUAUGGUGCAUGUUUGUUGGUCUUCGCAAAUGGAGAAGAAUGGUGACUUGCUUUCUGGUCAGUUACUGUAAAUUGUUAGAAUUACCCAAUGAGCAUAUUGUGCAAGGUAAAAUUAAUAGGUCUGCAGUAGAAACUAAAGUUAUAUCACACUAUAGGGAACUUGUGAGUAGUGUCUUGCUCGAAGAGAAAUAUAUUCGCACAUGAAACGUGAGGGUGUUAUACCAAAACCCAAUAUAGUAAAUGCCAGUUUGUAAUUGAGUAUCAUUAUAAAUUAUACACAGAACAAUAAUUGAACUUUAUAAAUUUCUAUGCUGUUAUCUUUGUGACCAAUGAAUCUAAGAGCUAUAGUCUAUAGACACCUCCCAAAUUAACUGGCUGUGGCAAUGGAAACUACUUACGUAACCAGCGGUGUAACUUUACUUUUUUGACCACUUGCCGACCACUUGCCCUCAGGGCAAGUUGGACAUGAAAAUUAGUUGCCCUGAAUAAAAUUCACUUGCCAUCAGACAAUGGCCACUGGGGUACCUAGGUAGAGGGUAUAAAUUAGAGGGACAAACGUGUCGACCCGUUCUUCCACUGCUCUAUAUGGCUAUGUUAUAUACUGCCUCAGAUCUAGCUUUGGCCCACAAAAAACAAGUACCAUGCACUAUAAACAAUUCAUCCAACAAUAAAACGUUUACUUGCCCGUCAUGAUAUUCAUUUGCCCUGGGCAAGUGUUAAGUUACACCUCUGAACUACUUACUUAACUUAUUUGGAAUGGAUUACAUUUUCCACGUUGAUUUCAAACGAUUGUUUUACGUGCACUCAAGCAAAUUGGGGAAGUGUCUAUUAAUAAUAUAAUCUUUACUUUUAUACUGAAAUAUCGAAAAUACUAAAUAUAUUUUAAUAUAUAAUGGACAUAACGGUCAUGUUGUAAAUUGAUUGCAUUUGCCUGCCAUUAAACGUACAAUGACUAGCGUAGCUAGUAAUCUGCCA